CUUCUCCAGCUAACUAAGAGACCUCGAUCACAAGAACCAUGGUCAAGAAGAAGCUUGCGCUCACCUCCCUCUUCCUCAACAGCAGCGAGACAAGCCUGUGCCCUUCCUCCUCUUCUUCCAUGUCCGCCGCCUCCUUCAGCACGGCGGCCUCGUGGCAGUGGCCGCCCUGCACGCAGGCAAGGACGCUCUCCUUCCGGGGCGACAGCAGCGCGGAGAUCGUGUCGAUGCGCCACCACAACCAGAAGCAGGAUGAGGAGUACAAGACGAGCAUGAACCCGGCCUACGUCCCCGACUCGGCCGAGUACUGCUCCUGCAGCCUCUCCGACUCCUCCGCGAGCCUCUCCACGGCAUCGGAGCCCGCCGCCGUCGCGGACGAGGACGAGGUGAUCAUCCGCGGCCUCCGGUCGAGCAACAGGCUCAUCUUCGAGCCCGACUCCACGAGCUCCAUCGUGAACGUGAAGGCGGCCACCGCGGCAGCGUUCGACGGGGCCACGGCGCUGGCCAUCGACUCAGCCGACCCGUAUGGCGACUUCCGGCGGUCCAUGGAGGAGAUGGUGCUGAGCCACGGCGUCAACGACUGGGGCUGGCUCGAGGAGAUGCUGGGAUGGUACCUCAGCGCCAACGGCAAGAAGACGCACGGCCUCAUUGUGGGCGCGUUCGUGGACUUGCUAGUGGCGCUCGCCUCUGCUCCCUCCCCUGCCUGCUCGUCCAGCUUCAUCGCUCGUCAGGCCGUCAAGAAAGGCAAACACCAAACGGAGUGCUGAGUUUUAGCCGGGAUAAUGCAUGCAUGCAACUGCUUAAUUAGUACAAAGACUUGUGUCAUGACAACAUCAAAUGGUACUUGUAAAAUUAAUCAAUGUUACGGCAUGUAGUGCAGUGGCCUAUCUGUCAAGUUGAAUUAAUCUAAUCGUGCAUGGUACUG